AUGAAAGUAUUAAAAGACUGCCUCCAGACCAGCAAAUUCAACUGGACCACUAAGGCCGAAGCCGCCUUUCAGGAAAUGAAAACCUACAUCUGUAAGCUCCCGACAUUAGCCACCCCAGUGCCUGGAGACCCGUUACUCCUUUACCUAUCUGCCUCAAAGACGACCAUAAGCGCGGUCAUGAUGGUGGAACGGGAGGGGAAACAGAUCCCCAUAUAUUUUAUCAGCAGAACACUUAAGGGGCCCGAGGAACGAUACAUGCCUCUAGAGAAACUUGCGUUGGCCCUGGUCUUUGCAUCUCGGAGGCUCAGGAGGUAUUUCCAAGGGCAUAAAGUCACCUUAGUGACCGACCAACCCCUUCAGAAAGUGCUUAGAAAACCAGAGCUGUCGGGACGACUGGCUAAAUGGGCUGUAGAGUUAGGGGAACACUCUCUGGAGUUCAAGCCCAGAACGGCCAUGAAGGGACAGAUACUAGCUGAUUUCCUGGCAGAAGUCCCUGAGGACGAAGAGAGGGAGCUACUAAAGUGGGAGGCCUUGGAGGAGGAAGAGAGAAAAAGGGAAGACGAGGCUCUAUGGAAGUUGUUCACUGAUGGAGCAUCCAGUGAAGAGGGGACCGGUGCAAGUAUCACACUGGUAAGCCCCGAGGGGGUCGAGUUGACAUAUGCUAUAAGGUUGGAUUUCGAAAACACCAACAAUACCGCCGAAUAUGAAGCCCUCUUAGCGGGAAUGAGGCUGGCACAGAAGAUGAAAGCGAAGCACAUAGAGGCUAGCACCGAUUCACAGUUGGUAGUAAAGCAGUACCAAGGAGAAUAUGAAGCCAAGGAUAGCACCAUGGCUCAAUAUGUGGCGAAAGUUAAAGAGGCAGCUAAGGCAUUCGGAACCUUCAAACUAGAGUACAUCCCUCGUGGAAGGAACAGGAAAUCUGAUGCACUCAGCAAGUUAGCUUCGGUAGAAUUCGACCAUCUCGCGAAAGAAGUGAAAGUGGAGGUCCUAACACCCUCCUCCCUUAACACAGCGAAAGUUGCCACGGUUGAAGGUCCUCAAGAAACAUGGAUGACCCCAAUUAUCAAAUUCCUCCGGGACGGAACGCUACCCGAGGGGGAAUGGGCGGCCAAAAAGAUAAGGGUCCGGGCCCUACAAUAUGAACUGAUCGAGGGGGAGCUAUACAGAAGAUCGUAUCUGGGCCCGUCCCUGAAGUGUGUUGAUAUGGAGGAGGCCGAAUAUGUGAUUAGGGAGAUGCACGAGGGGAUUUGCGGAAUGCACUCAGGACCAAGAACAGUAGUGAGAAGGGCAAUAAACGUAGGGUUCUACUGGCCACGUAUGUACGAAACGGCAUCUGAGGAAAUCAAGAGUGUGACAACUGCCAAGUACAUGCACCGAUGA